UAAUGAAGAUGCAAGUAAGAAAAUAACAAAAGUGAAAAAGAGGAAGAGAAUCGAAGUUAACCCAAAAAAAGGUUUUCGGGGGAGAAUCGAAAUGGACGCCGCCGUCACCGCCACCGCCACCUCGACGCCGACGAGAUUAACCGAAGAUGAAGAAGAUAUGAAGCCUUGGGAGCAGCAUUCCGGCGUAAUCAGACUUCCUCGUUUCGACUACAAUGCUCCGUCUUCUCUUCUCACUCACUCUCACUCCGCUUUUCUCAUCACCUGUACAAUCAAACGAGAGAAAAGCGCUACUAAAGAAGCUAUUACAAUCCUUCAUAGCUUUAUCAAUGGCGAUCAAGCUCAACAAUCUUCUGAUAACACUGAUGCUACUUGCAAGAGAAGGAAAAUAUCCACACCAGAAACUGGUGUCAAAGACAAAGAUGAAGGAGUUACUGACCUUUCUUUGGUUAAACUCAUAAGAAAUGGAUUGGUGCUUUUUAUCUUUCCUAAAAAUACAUUUCCAGAUACUGUUGGAAUUGUGUCUAAUGUUAUUCAGGCUUUGGAGUCUGGGAAGAUAACUUCGCCGGCUUGGUGCCAUCGCAUUUUGCCUAUCCAAGCAACCUGUAGUUUGAACGAAAAAGAACUGCAUGAAGUAGUAUCAGUGCUUGUUAAAAAAUUUGUGGAUGCUAAACAGGACAAACUAGGACGACCGUUAAAGUUUGCUGUUGGAUUUAACCGAAGAGGUAUUGAAGAGACGAAGUCGGCGAAAGAAAAUUUAAAUGGUUCUAACAGUUUGCUGGACCGCAAUAAAUGCUUCGAAAUAGUGGCUACCGCUGUCAAUCAUGUUGUGAAAGAUUCAGUAGUGGAUCUCAGGUCUCCAGAGCUCUCUGUUCUUGUUGAGGUUCUGCCUCUCUCUGGAGUACCUAAUGGUUCCCUAGUGGCUUCUGUUUCUGUUCUUCCUAGCAACCUUGUUAGUACUAAGCCUAAACUCUGUGUCAAGGCCCUUAAUUCUACUACUAAGGAAGGGUUUGUGGCUCAAUGAGAAUGACUGAUUCUGUAAUACAUUUCACUUCAGCAUGCAAUAGGUGGUAGGAGGCACGGUUGCAUUGUCAAUGUCAGGUUGUUAUCCUGGAAAUAUCUGGUGGGUUUCUUAUGACCCUGCAAAUGGAAAUUGAAAGAACCAACAGUGUAAUGAAAUCCCUCCUAAUGUACUAUUUUUCUCACACUUGCUAACAAGUUAAAGCUGUGGUACUUUUGCUUUACUCCACCUAUUUAUGAUGUAGCUAACUUGUUAUUAAUUGUGAUUUGUGAACUCAAGCAGAAUACGCUUUAUUCAAAGCUGAAGCCUUUACUUACUGGCUUUCUUUCCUUUGUUUA